AUGCCGAAACGUCCGGAGCGCUUCCGGUUCACGUUAUCUUUCCGAGAAACGGCGGAGUGUCGUGAGAGAACGCAAGUUUGCUCCGCGGACAAUUCAAUCAGAUUUUUUUAAAAAAAUUGAUUCACUUUUUUUAUCUUUUUUAUUCCGUUUUGUUUUCUGAAGUUGUUUAUCUUGCUAUAUAAUAUCUCUCCAGCGUUUUUGAAUAAAUGGAAAACCCUUUUUAAUAUUAAUAGUUUUUUUCUUGGUUCUUGAGCGAAGUUUUCAAUUUUCGCAGAUCGCCUAAAAUUCAAAUGUAAAUUCAGCUCUUUUUUUUUUCAAUAUCUUCCCUGUGGUUUCGUCUUUUUAUUUUGUUUGUUCCUCAGCCUUCUGUGAGAAUUUUUUUAAAACAAGGUAUCAGAAAUAUCAGAAAUUUUAUGGCGAUAAACUGGUUUUUCGAGAAAAGGUCUGUUUUCUCUGUUUCACUAUAUGUUCAUUUUUUCUCUAUGUCCUGGACCUAGUUUUUAUGGAGUUUACUACUUUCCUCAUUUCACAAUUAUAUUUUAAUAAAGAAAACGGCUUACGCGUUUAUUCUCAAAAAUUAUUUCAGAUGGUCGAUCAAACGCCUAUCAUUAAGGACAUAUUUGUGUCGCCGAAGUUUAAAGCAUUUUUGGCUGGUUAGAUUAAAAAAUAGAAAAAAUGCAAUCAAGAAAACUCAGAAAAGGAAGGAUGUGAUCUUGUCGACUCACUCGAGAAGCGAUUUAGAUGCAUUAUUCACGUUGUCGGGAGUACUCUCAUGAUAUCGCAUCAGAGAAAUACUAAAAUUGAUGUAAGAAAAAUUGAGAAGACUCUUCGGGAAAUGUGGCAUCAGAGAGACGUCCAUAGGUUUGUUUUUCUCUUCCUGUCUAUAUAUAUAUAUAUAUAUAUAUAUUUUUUUGAAUAUAUAUAUAUUCAAAAAAAUUCAAAGUCGUUACGGAUGUUCAGACUUGGAUUUAUUCUCAGAACUAUUCGCGAAGCCGUUUUGAAUUCGACUUGCGGAUUUCAGUGCAACAUACAGCUGACGAAAGCUCAGGCUGCUGUAGUCAGUGUGUAUUGUUCGGACAUAAUAAGAAGAUCUCGCAUUGAUGAUAUAUUGGUAAACGACAAGUAAAAUAUUCUGUAAAUUUGUUUUUAGAUAGAUCAUUUCGAUGGUCGUAUCAAACUGUUCGGAGAAGAAAACACAGUUUCUACAGCUAGAAACAUUGUACAACAUUUGAUAUCUGAUCAUUUUGGUCCGCUCGAAGAAGAACUUGAGUUGCCUUUUCGAACUGAGCGUUAUCCGAAAAGUGAGAUUUUUUUUUGAGUCUGCUACGUGAAUAUUCAGAUCUACCGUCUGACUCAAAUCUUGCUGGAGAUACGCUGUUCUCGCACGAUUCUUACGAUAAUCUUUGCGAGGUGCGUUGUGUUCAUCUGAUCGAUCGGGGUUGCAUCUUUUAGACGGUUCUAGGUGAGAGUAGAACAAACAAAGAAAGCAUUUUCGCUUCGAAUAAAACUUUAACCAAUUAUAAAAAAAUUAAAGUUGGGCCUCAGUUCUGAAAAAAAAAAUCAAUCAAAGCUCACGAUUACCUUCCUAGAAUCUAUCGGUUUUAUCAGUCGCAAGGUUAACACCCGCUCUGCAGUUGGAGAAAAAAAUUAAUAAAUUUGAGGCAGUCAGGUUAGUGGAAAUUUCGCAAUAGUUUCACUAUAAAAAAACUGCUUUUGAAAGCUUUUUUUAUUGAAAAUUCACCAAGAUCUAGUCAGUCCGUAGGGAGAUAUUGACAGAAAAAAGUUUUGGUAAUCGAGAGGGCAUCAUUACAGUUUAUAGAAAGUAAACUCAAGGGUUUCAGAAUUCUCUCUUUCUCGAUUUCGAAGUUUGUUCAGAGUUUUAAAUGAACGAAAAUUUAAUCCGAGACUUUACUUUGAACCAAUUUUUCGUCUACCCUUUACAAUCUUGAAGGGUCUCAUUUUCCAGAAAAGUAUAAGGAUCUUUGGAUAUUUGAGAUCUGGAUGUUCACAUAGUUGCUCGCGUAGUUAUUCGCUAAAGCCUUGAAAUAUUUCCAGGAUCGCGUUUUCAACGAUGAAGAAAUAUGUCAAGCGCUGGAAACAAGGUUGGUCAUAACUCCGCCACCAAAAACGAAAGAGCAUUCGGAGGAAAGCAUAAAGUUUUGGGUAAGUAUAUUAUUCUUUCCAUUUUCUUAAGGUUCCAGGUCGCAAGCGCGGAUGUGGCGAAACUAACAUCGAAUCGAGGAUCGUUGAAAAAGAAGAUCGAAGCGGAGUCUAAAUGCACCUUUUUGGUAUCAGUUUUAUUUUUAGUCUUUCCUCACGAUGAGUAUAAGAUAAGCAGAGAAUCAGAGAGUUUUGGCAUGAUUCCUGUGGAGAUCGUAGCAGAGACCAGGGCUCUUUGCCAACAAGGCCGGACCGCUCUUGAGAAAGUUCUGCUCAAAACUCCAGAAAAACCUCUGACUCGAACAACGUCUCGCUAUGAGUUUGUGGACCGGAAGGAAACGGAUUCCAAUUCGAAAGUAUACUUCUUCACUUUAAUAGUCUUUCUCAAUUGAUUUCAUUCAGAGAAAUUCUUUCCGGAACCAACCGAAGGUCCUCCUCCAGCUCAGUCCUCGGAAGUCGUCGUCCUAA